AUGGCAACCUACUGUCUGACUGCAGCCCGACUCCAGCUGGUGCUGGGCCAUGGUGCACGGCGCCUGCAUGUGUCAGCGGCUUACAGAGCCAAGGCUCAAGUGUCCAUGAGCCGCUUUGAGCCCACUUCCUUCAUCAACUACGAGAAGCUCCACUCCAACGUUAACAUUGUGCGGAAAAGACUCAACCGGCCCCUCACCCUCUCAGAGAAGAUUGUGUACGGCCACCUCGAUGACCCCCACAACCAGGAGAUUGACCGCGGCCGUACCUACCUGCGCCUGCGGCCUGACCGCGUGGCCAUGCAGGACGCCACCGCCCAGAUGGCCAUGCUGCAGUUCAUCAGCAGUGGCCUGCCGAAGGUGGCCGUGCCAUCCACCAUCCACUGCGAUCACUUGAUUGAGGCCCAGAUAGGAGGGGUGAAGGAUUUGGCCAGAGCGAAGGAAGUCAACCAGGAAGUCUACAACUUCCUGUCCAGUGCUGGGGCAAAGUAUGGCGUUGGCUUCUGGAAGCCAGGCUCUGGGAUCAUCCAUCAGAUCAUCCUGGAGAACUAUGCUUAUCCUGGAGUGAUGCUCAUCGGCACAGAUUCCCACACACCAAACGGUGGUGGACUCGGUUCCAUCUGCAUUGGCGUCGGUGGAGCCGAUGCAGUGGAUGUCAUGGCGGGAAUUCCCUGGGAGCUGAAGUGUCCCAAGGUGAUUGGUGUGAAGCUGACCGGCACCCUCUCCGGCUGGACGUCUCCCAAGGACGUGAUCCUGAAGGUGGCGGGCAUCCUGACGGUAAAGGGAGGCACUGGAGCCAUCGUCGAGUACCACGGACCAGGGGUCGACUCCAUCUCCUGCACUGGAAUGGCCACCAUUUGCAAUAUGGGAGCAGAGAUUGGAGCCACAACCUCUGUGUUCCCCUACAACCACCGCAUGAGGACUUACCUGGAGAAGACUGGACGUGGAGAGAUCGCUGCCCUGUCUGAUGAGUACUCAGACUUGCUGGUACCAGACGAAGGCUGCGAGUACGACCAGAUUAUAGAGCUCAAUCUGGAUGAGCUGAAGCCCCACAUUAAUGGACCAUUCACUCCUGACCUGGCUCACCCAGUGUCCAAAGUCGGCGCCGAGGCUGAAAAGAACGGCUGGCCUCUGGAGGUCAAAGUUGGCCUGAUUGGCAGCUGCACUAACUCCAGCUACGAGGACAUGGGCCGCGCCGUCUCCGUGGCCAAGCAGGCACUGGACAAAGGCCUGAAAUGUAAAGCUCAGUUCACCGUCACCCCCGGCUCAGAGCAGAUCCGUGCCACCAUUGAGAGAGACGGUUAUUCAAAGAUCCUGGGAGACGUGGGAGGUGUGGUUCUGGCAAAUGCUUGUGGACCCUGCAUUGGACAAUGGGACAGACGUGACAUUAAGAAGGGGGAUAAGAACACCAUCGUCACCUCAUUCAACAGAAACUUCACUGCCAGGAAUGACGCUAACCCUGCAACACAUGCUUUUGUUACGUCACCAGAGAUCGUCACAGCCCUCGCCAUCGCCGGCACGCUAAACUUCAACCCUGAAACCGAUUACCUCACGGCCCCCAACGGCGAGAAGUUCAAGCUGCAGCCCCCAAGCGCAGACGAGCUCCCCAAGAGGGACUUUGACCCCGGCCAGGACACCUACCAGCACCCUCCCGCCGACGGCACCAGCCUGAGGGUGGACGUCAGCCCCCAGAGCAACCGGCUGCAGCUGCUGGAGCCCUUCGACAAGUGGAGUGGAAACGAUCUGGAAGACUUGCUGGUUCUCAUCAAGGUGAAGGGAAAAUGCACCACAGACCACAUCAGCGCCGCAGGGCCCUGGCUGAAGUUCCGCGGUCACCUCGACAACAUCUCCAACAACAUGCUGAUCGGGGCGGUGAACAGCGAGAACGACGCCAUCAACAAAAUCAAGAACCACCUGACAGGAGAGUACGGCGGCGUUCCCGAUGUGGCCCGUCACUACAAGGCAAACGGUGUUUCGUGGGUCGCAGUUGGAGACGACAACUACGGCGAGGGCUCCAGCAGGGAGCACGCAGCGCUGGAGCCCAGGCAUCUGGGAGGCAGAGCCAUCAUCGUCAAGAGCUUCGCCAGGAUUCACGAAACGAACCUGAAGAAGCAGGGCCUGCUGCCGCUGACCUUCGCCAACCCUUCAGACUACGACAAGAUCCUCCCCGAUGACAAGAUCUCCAUCAGAGGACUGAAAACCUUUGCCCCCGGAAAGCCUCUGACCGCGGUGGUGAAGCACAGCGACGGCAGCGAGGACACCCUGGAGCUGAACCACACCUUCAACGAGACGCAGAUCGAAUGGUUCAAGGCAGGCUCCGCCCUCAACAGGAUGAAGGAGCUGCAGCACUGAUGGUGCAGGGAAAACACGGAGGAAGGAGGGGGAUUGUAAGGGAGGAGGAGAAUGAAGAAUGUCAGUUGAAUGGUUUCUUCACCUGCAUCGAGCUCACAGUUCGGCCUGAAGUAAGACAGCAGUAUACCUCUGAGAGAUAAAUAUAGUAGAAUUACUUCAGUCUUGAUUGUGGAGCCGGUGUCGAUGUUGGAGCAGUGGUGUUUGAUCAGCGGUCAGAUGGCUCUUGAAUCUGAACUUACAGUUACUUCCAGAUGCUGCAGAGAGGAAUGGUUAGAGAGCCUGUCUUCACAACGAAACGGGGGGGCAGAUUAUUACUAUCACCUGUCAUCUGAUGAACCACCAGGUUUCUUUUUUUAGCAGCCGCUGCCUACAAAUUGUUGCUUUUAUAUUGUGUCGAGCACUGCAUGGCAGCGAUCAGCUUUAAUCAUCCACCGUCAAUCAGAUUCUGUGUUUUUCUUUUCGAUUUCUUCCUGAACAGCUAAAUGCUUCUAUUUGUUGCUUCUUUUUUUUUUUUGGAUCCAGUGAUGAAUCUGCAUUCGCCACAUUCAGAACUGAUCCAGAAAUCAACAUCUAUCUGAUCAUUUGAGUCAGGCUGCCCCCUGGUGGUCAGGUGGGUGUACUUCUGUGCGUCCAGGAGAGUUCGAUCUGAUCUGCGUAAGAUCGGUUGAGCGUGAGGAGCUGACAUCGUGAGAGCGUUGCAGCUCGCGUGGUUAAUGCGCCGUGUUUGCACUCAUGACAUCCCGCUUCGCCAGUGUUGCAGACGGUUGUGAAAGUUUCCCAGCGUUCAUGGCACAUGCGCGUCAAUACAAAGCAAAAAAAAAUAGCUUCUCAUUCUCUUCUUCCCGACAGCUGUCUUCCCUAAAGCUGCACUCCCGAUCGCUCCUCGCGCCUCUACAAGGUCAAACCCAUCAUCUGGUUUCGCCCACUAAUUUAUUUAUCCACUCUUUUCUCUGCAGAAGAGCCCGAUCCUUCAUGCAUUACCAUGAAAAGCUUUAUUUCUCAAACACAGGGUAAACUUGGACUCGAGUUUUUUCCAUCCUGUAUUUUCAGCACCCUUUUUUGUAGGGUAUCGUGCCAGCUUUCGUGUUAUCUUAAGAAGAAAAACAUUAAAACCUUAGUCAGAUCAGAAACGAGACAUCACUUCCUGGACCUUGCGAACUCGCUGCACCAUCAGAUGAAGGCUUCACGCCCUGCCCCCCCUCCUUUCAAACCACUGUGUAUGUAAAGUGUCUGGUCCCAUGUGCAUUUGAGUGUUUGUGUUUCUUCUCUCCCAGAUUAUCGUUUCUGUAAUUCAGAAAUACCAAUGGGUUGUAAAAUAAAAAUUCACAGAUCUCAUUUAUCAA